GGGUCUGUGUGGAAUGAAGAGGUGAGGUAGGUAGAAAAGGGGGGUGGGUACAAAGGGAUCCUGCACCAGGAUAGCAGUUGAUGCCUUAAGUGAGUGCCAUUUUCAGGUAGGGUACAAAGGAAACUGAUCAAACAAGUGCUGACUUGGGGCUUCGGAGUCUUAGAAAGGCAGCCGGUUUCUUCAUUCAUGUAGAGAUAACAGGAGCUAUGAAAUGGCUAAGCAUUGCCCCAAAAUUCUGAAAAAUCGCAGAGUCUUUAUGCAGGGUGUUUAAUGCAAUCGGAUUACAUAAACUGGGGUUCUGACACAUUUAAUGAUUAGUAUAGCUUUUUUUUUUUUUUUUUUUCAUUUACACCAAAAGCUUUGCAGAGCUAAAGAGCUCUGGAGUCGGGGCAGUAAUUGCAUUGUCUAAUUAGUUUGUUCUGAGAGUUUAUUGAUAAAGUGGAAUCAUUUCCUGGCACAAGCCCUGCAGAGUACAUCAGUAAGAAUGGAUGGGUCUCUUUCCUGUUUCUCCUUACAGCUCAUCUUGCCUUAUUAGUCACUAGCAAAAUCUGCCUAAGACUAAGAUGCUGUACCUAAGGUGGCUAAGUCUGGAUCAUGGGAUGGGAAUUUUUAAGUGAAAUUGUGGCCAGAAAUAACUUGAAAAUUUGACAGUGCUUCAGUUUACCACAACUGUACCUUGCUGCUGUUCUUACUGCUGCAUCAGAACCCUUUAACUUUGUUAAUUUAGCAAGUUGUCAACAAGAGUUUUGAUUUCAUGGAGUUUUGUUGUUGAAUCACAGGAUAUUCAGAAGUAUACUCAAGAGUUUUUUGAAUGUUCACUUAUGGUUUAUGAAAGCAUUCGAAAGUACAUUGACUUCUAGGAGUAACUGGUCUGAUGAAGAGACUAUGUCACUUGUACUGGUGGUGAACAAAUGCUCCUUAAUCACAGAGUAGGUAACUUCCCUAGGAAUUUGACUUUUAGAGGCAUGUUGGGAGUCUCAGUCCAUAUGCUAAACCCCUGAGUAAUUGAAGGAUCGAGUUAAUAAAAUUGACUCUGCUUUUUUUUUUUAAUCUUGAGAAUUUAUGCCUGAAGGGAAAAUGUAUGUUACUUGAGUGCCUGGUGUUUGAAUUUACGUAUUCAAAGCAUCUGCUGCAUGAAUCAGUUCUUUUGCCAAAAUAGUUCAUUUUGCAGUCAAUUAGAAAAGCAGGAGGAUUGUCAAAACAAAGGAAUUUAAGAAAAGUGUGCGUUUCCCGGUCUUGUUAUUUCUUCAUCAGAUGUCAUAUAGCCCAGUUCUGUUACACAUCUGUCUCUCAAACCCUGCCUCCAAACACAAACAGUACUUUGAUUGAAUCUACAUUCCAUACAAAAACACAGGUAUUUUUUGUCCUCUAAAAUUCUUACAUGUUAAAGUAAGCUUAAAUGCAGACAUAUAUAAACUUACAGAGAAAAUUUAUUUUCAUGAAAGUUGGUAUGUUUACAUUUUUAAUAAUAGAAAUAAUCUUCAUACAAAGUAUGAAAUGAGUCCAUGUGCUUUCUGCAUACAAACCUAGCAAGAGAUAUGGUUCAUAUCUGAAAGCCAGUAUCAUGUGGCCCAGUGUUUUAGCACAUCUCCUGGCUCAGUCAUGUACACUUAACCUUUGGAUGACUUUCAGGUAUUCAGUUUGAAGUGCUGUUAUUUAAGUGGUUGUUCUUGAUAGAUUCCUGUUUUUCUGGAACUUCUGUCUUUCAUGACUGCCUUUCAGAUGUUAUUUAGUUAUUGCUCUUAUUUCCAGAAUUCUAUUCAUUACCUUCUCUUGCCUAAUCUUGCUUUCAAUUUUGUAAACAAAUUUCUUCUUAAAUAAUGUAGUUAAAAUAAUGGUACAUUCUAUCACAUGCAAAAGAGGUUCUAUAUAACUUGCUUACACAGUGCUUGUACCGAAGCAAAUUCAGUGUUUGCUCCCUGCAUUCCACUUAUCAUUUUUCUAACUGUUUUUCAAAAGAGGGUAUGUGAAAAUAAUGUAAUAAUAUAGCUAAUACUCUAUGAUAUUUGUAAAAUUUUUUCUUAAUGUGUUCAACCUUAGGAAGAAAUAGUUGAUAUUAAGGCUCAGAUGAUUUUCUAUUCCUUAUUCCUUUUUGUUUAUUGCAUUUGUUAACUUAUUUAAGAUACUUCUAAAGCCUAUUUGUUUAUAGGCCAGGUGAAUACUUUGAGACAAUACCUCAAGAAUUCAGGGGAAAUAUGUGUUACAAGAGGGAUUCUUUUCUUGUAUACAUUACCUGGCUUAAUGGUACAUGUUUAUUACGUUUUCUAGAUAAAUGCUCAUCAAAAUAUUUUCAGUGUUCCACUUCCAGAUGUAAGUGGUACGAUUUUCGUUUUUUCACAAGUAUAAUGCUCUACCUUUCUAAGCCAAACCUUAGUCCAUUAGACUACUGUUUCACUGUUUAUUAAUUUCCAAGGGCAAAUAGGUAACCAUUUUUUAAAAUGUAAGAGAAUAGUUUUCUAGGGGUAAAUUCUACUUGGGGUCUGUAAUAGAUGAAGAUCAUAUUUCUGUAGCUUUCUUUUACGGCUGAUAGGCAGAGGAGAAUACUAACAAGUAAAUUGAGUUCCAGAACUGAGACCAUUUAUGUUACUAACAAAGUUUUAGAGCUACUAAAAUACUUGCUUUUUUUUUUUUAAUCACACAAAAUACAGUAAAAUUAAUGAAUAAAUGAAACCUGCCCGCUUUUCCAGGAUUAUUUGGUGACUUGGUGGCAGACCUGUGUCCCUAAACUUGCCAAAUCGGCACAGUGGUCUGGAGAAGCAUUGUUUGCAAGACCAUCUCCUGGAUACAAGGAGGGCAUUUUGGAACUUCUAUUUUUACCCAUUAUCCAGAUCUGUUGUACAUUCUGCCCAGUUUGUGCUGCAUAAAGAAAUACAAAGAGAAAAGUAAAGCUAGAAGACAGUUUGCUCCUGGCUCCAUUAAGUAAUCAAGUGCGCUUGGCAGAGAUCCUGUAGAGAUAGUACAUGGAAUCCCAGUCAGAAGUUCCAGCUUGCCACUGUUCUCUGAUGCCAUGCCAGCACCAACUCAACUGUUUUUCCCUCUGAUUCGUAACUGUGAACUGAGCAGAAUCUAUGGCACUGCGUGUUACUGCCACCACAAACAUCUCUGCUGCUCACCCCCUUAUAUUCCACAGAGUCGCCCAAGAUACACACCCCAUCCGGCGUAUGCUACCUUUUACAGGCCAAAGGAGAGCUGGUGGCAGUACACCCAAGGAAGGAGAUAUGCUUCCACGCCGCAGAAGUUUUACCUCACACCUCCCCAAGUCAAUAGCAUCCUGAAAGCUAAUGAGUACAGUUUCAAAGUGCCAGAAUUUGAUGGCAAAAAUGUCAGUUCUGUCCUUGGAUUUGACAGCAAUCAGCUGCCCGCAAAUGCACCCAUUGAGGACCGGAGAAGUGCAGCAACCUGCUUGCAGACCAGAGGGAUGCUUUUGGGGGUUUUCGAUGGCCACGCAGGCUGUGCUUGCUCCCAGGCAGUUAGUGAAAGACUCUUUUAUUAUAUUGCUGUCUCUUUGUUACCCCAUGAGACUUUGCUGGAGAUCGAAAAUGCCGUGGAGAGCGGUCGAGCCCUACUACCCAUUCUCCAGUGGCACAAACACCCCAACGAUUACUUCAGUAAGGAGGCGUCCAAGUUAUAUUUCAACAGCUUGAGGACUUACUGGCAAGAGCUUAUUGACCUCAACACUGGGGAGUCGGCUGAUAUUGAUGUUAAGGAGGCUUUGAUUAAUGCUUUCAAAAGGCUUGAUAAUGACAUCUCCUUGGAGGCUCAAGUCGGUGAUCCCAAUUCUUUCCUCAACUACCUGGUGCUUCGAGUGGCAUUUUCUGGGGCCACAGCUUGCGUGGCCCACGUGGAUGGCGUUGACCUUCAUGUGGCCAACACUGGCGAUAGCAGAGCCAUGCUGGGGGUGCAGGAAGAGGACGGCUCUUGGUCAGCAGUCACGCUGUCUAAUGACCACAAUGCUCAGAAUGAGAGAGAAGUGGAACGGCUGAAACUGGAGCACCCAAAGAACGAGGCCAAGAGUGUGGUGAAACAGGAUCGGCUGCUUGGCUUGCUGAUGCCUUUUCGGGCUUUUGGAGAUGUCAAGUUCAAAUGGAGCAUUGACCUUCAGAAGAGAGUGAUAGAAUCUGGCCCAGACCAGUUGAAUGACAAUGAGUACACCAAGUUCAUCCCUCCUAAUUAUUACACACCUCCUUAUCUCACUGCUGAACCAGAAGUAACUUACCACCGAUUAAGGCCACAGGAUAAAUUUCUGGUACUGGCAACUGAUGGGCUGUGGGAGACAAUGCACAGGCAGGAUGUGGUUAGAAUUGUGGGUGAGUACCUAACAGGCAUGCAUCACCAGCAGCCAAUAGCCGUUGGUGGCUAUAAGGUGACUCUGGGGCAGAUGCAUGGCCUUUUAACAGAACGGAGAGCUAAGAUGUCAUCAGUGUUUGAGGACCAGAAUGCAGCAACCCACCUUAUUCGCCAUGCUGUGGGCAACAAUGAGUUUGGGGCUGUUGAUCAUGAGCGCCUUUCCAAAAUGCUUAGUCUUCCCGAAGAGCUUGCUCGGAUGUACAGAGAUGACAUUACAAUCAUUGUAGUUCAGUUCAAUUCUCAUGUUGUAGGAGCAUAUCAAAACCAGGAACAGUGAGUGGGUCUUACCAAGGCGAUUCUCAAAUAGAUUUAAAGGGCAGAUAGUUUUUUUUUUUUUUUAAAAGAUAAUACUAUAGUAAAUAUUAUCAGUGGGUCAUUCUCAGCAUUUCUCUUUGAUACUCUAGUCUGCCGGGUAGUCCAAAUUCACUUUGUAGCAGAGUGAUCCUGAGAGUCUUGUUCGGCUUAGUUUGGACCUCACAGCACCUGCAAGUUGAGGCCUAUCAGUUUCUUGACCACAGAUGGCUUAGGACAUUGGCUGCUUUUAUCAGUCUGAGAAAAUCAGGAUGACCUGGCAAACAGGGUUUUGAGUAGGCCCAAAGCAAGGAACUGCUGGGCAUAUUCUUUUGGUAAAAUGAAGAAACAUUACUGUUCACACCUGCAGACCCCUUUCAUCACCAAGAUUCCAGUGUACGUGAGAACAUAUAUUUAUUGCAUGAUUUCCUAGAUGUAUAACCUGUGCAUUAUUCAUGAACUUUAUUUUAACCCAAAGUAGUUUUCAAAUCCACUACUUUAAGCCAUAAAGGACUGAGAACCAGGCAAUUUGAAUUUGUCAGUGUGUGUGAUCAUUUGACUUGGAAUGCUUCUUAAUGAGAAAACAAACACUAUCCCUUAUCCCGAUUACCUAAUGUAGUUGGAACAUUUUCUAUUUUGCCAAGCAGUUGAAGACAAUAAAGGUGUUUUAUCUUCUCUUAUUGGUGUUAAAUAAAGGGGAAAAAAAGUCUUAGUUUAUACUAAUGAAAAGCUUUAUUUAGUUUGAAAUAAAAGAUCCAUAAUGAAGGGAAGAGACUGAUAUGGUCGUCUGCAUCCACCAGCACAUUACUCUUAUCAUGUAAACCCCUGAAGUGUGGCAUGCUCUAAGUGUGUGGUGGGUAGACUGCUGCUGAGAAAUCAUACUUCUAAUUAAGUAGUGGUAAGAAUUUUUGUCAUGUUUGGAAUUUUAAGGAUGACAUAUUAAAAAAAAUUUACAUAAUUUGGGGGAGUAAAGUUUAAAUAUUACCUUCAGGUGUUGAGAUGAAGUUUUUUGUUGUUGUUUUUCCCCACUUAGGUGUAGGUCAAUUUAAAUAAUUGGUUUAAAGAUUACUAAAUGCUUUAAACAUAUUGUAGCUUAUAAAUAGAAAUGUUAAGGUACAUACAUGAGAAAUUCUUUAACUAUUGUGCAUGCCUGAUGCUUAAUGGGACACUUAAUAGCAUCAAAUAUUGUUUGCAGCAGUCUCCGUAAUUAUAUGCAGACCCUUCCAACGCUGUAUCAAAGUAAAUGAAAAUAAAUAUAUUCAGAUUGGCUUUUGGGGAGCUUAUUUGAUAUGCAUCAAAUGGUGUUUUGUUCUUGUGUUUAAUGGUGAUUCGUGUACAGCUGUGCAUAUAUAUCAUCACUUAUUCUAGCAUCACUGUUAAAAGAAUGGCUAUGACUAUGUUCAAUUUUCACAUAAGUUUUAAUACAGAACAUGAUCCGUUUUCCCUUGUGUAAUUAGUUGAGGGGUGUUUAGGAGUCCUCGCAGAUUUCUGUAGAAUACUGAACUAGAUAUUCAAGGACUCUGGACUGUGGACACCGAAGCAAGGUAGAAUUGGCUGCAGAAUUUAUUCCAAUUGAAAAUAGACUCUGGAAGAUUGCCGCUUACAAGACCAUAUAAUGAUUGUUUUCUGAGGUCUUUCCCCCACCCCCACCUUUUUUCCCUCCUUGGGUCACCUUGGAAAUUUUCUCCCAGCUGGUAUUUUGGAGGGGGAAAAGCUAUUAUACUAUAUACUUAUUUAUAAAUGAUUUGACAGAGACUUCAUUUUUUAAUGGAAUGUAUGUAGAAUACAGUAGCAGUUAAAACUCAUUUUCAGGCUACUAUUUGAAUAUCUCUUGAACACCUUUACUAAAGAGUUCCAUAUUAUACUUUAAUGUCUCAUCUCAAUAUAGUACAGUAUAUAUAAAUUUGGUUUCUUUUGGUCAUGAUCAAGAUAGUAAUUAUUAUUACACAAGAAACUUUGUUCUUAUUACACAAAAAACUUGGUCUGCGGUCUAAAAGCUGGUUGUGUUAAGUCUGUAGUAUUAACAGUGUGGAAAUGAAAAUAAUUGGAUGUUACUUUGAAUGUAUUAUCAUCUCAAGUUUUGAUUUUAUUGUAAUUGGUUGUCACUGUGAUGUGAUACCUAGAAUUAAAGAAUACAUGUAAACUUUCAUUGUAUUCAGCCUUUCUUAAGCAUUUUUAAUUUAUACUUUCUAACGUGUCAUUUUCUGUAUUUAGUCAGUGGCUCAUGGUAUUUAUAAUAUGUCCUUAGCUAGUUAAAUGCAAUGGUGUUAUGGUACACAGUACUUGGAGGGAAAAAAUGUCUUAUAAAAGAUUUAUCUGUGUGAAGAAAUGUGAAAAGUUUAUGUAUUAUAUAGUGAAUAGUCAGAAAUGCCCACAGUGAAUUAAAGCUUCGUAUCUGCUUUGUGAAUGAA